AGGAAAAGUAAUAUUAGGUGUUCCUGUUAUUUUUAUUUGUGAACGUGUGUCUUCGGCAUGGCUUCAAGCUCAACCGAGCAGUUAAUAAUUAAUCAGGCGAUUCGAAUUUACGCUGAUUUGCAAGAAGGAAGAUUUGGCCAUUAUGCAGGGCUUGAAUCCAUAGAAAAUCUUGUAGAGCUUAAAAAAUAUUGUCCCUUGUUGAAUGAGGAUGAUUGUCAGGCCAUCUACAGAGAAAUGGCAACUCUAGGCCGACAACUACUUAAAUCAAAUUCAACCCUAUCUGCAAAUGAAUUUUGGAAGAUGGUUGUAAUCGUUGUAAGCAGGCAGUUUGAGUACAGACGUGUGUACAACGCAGUUAGUAAAACAACGGAAAGAAAUAGAGAGCGUCUAUUAAAGAAACUGAAGUAA